UCUACAUACGAAGCCAGAGAGACUCCUCCCAUUUCUUUAAAAGAAGAAGAAGAAGAAGAAGAAGAAGAAAAUGUCUGCCUUCACAUCCAUGGCUCAUCCCCUUCCAUUUUCCACCGUCCGAUCUCCUCCUGGAAAACCAUCAAUCCCCUUCUCUUCAUUCCUCACAUCACCUAUCUCCAAAAUCUUCAAAUCCUCUCUUUCCAAGCCCUCAAUUUCCACUCCUUCCACCUCCCGCUGCGCCUCCACCACAAUCGUCGCCGUCUCCUCCGACGUCGUCAAAGAAAAUAAGCUCAAUUCCAAAUCCCUGCUGGUGACGAAGGAAGAAGCCCUAGAUCUGUAUGAGGAUAUGGUGCUCGGCCGUACCUUUGAAGACAUGUGCGCGCAGAUGUAUUAUCGGGGCAAAAUGUUCGGAUUCGUCCAUCUCUACAACGGUCAGGAAGCCGUGUCCACCGGCUUCAUCCGGCUACUCAAGAAAGAAGACCAUGUCUGCAGCACCUACCGUGAUCACGUCCAUGCACUCAGCAAGGGGGUCCCAGCCCGCUCUGUUAUGGCCGAGCUCUUCGGCAAGGCCACCGGCUGCUGCCGCGGCCAGGGUGGCUCCAUGCAUAUGUUCUCCAAGGAGCACAACCUCCUCGGCGGCUUUGCCUUCAUUGGUGAGGGCAUCCCUGUUGCCACCGGUGCUGCAUUCACCUCUAAGUACCGGCGGGAGGUCCUCAAGGAGGCAGAUUGCGAUCAUGUGACUGUGGCGUUCUUCGGGGAUGGGACUUGCAACAAUGGGCAGUUCUUUGAGUGCUUGAAUAUGGCGGCACUGUGGAAGCUGCCGAUCAUUUUCGUGGUGGAGAACAAUUUGUGGGCAAUUGGGAUGUCGCACCUGAGGGCGACGUCUGAUCCGGAGAUUUGGAAGAAGGGGCCUGCAUUCGGGAUGCCUGGGGUGCAUGUUGAUGGGAUGGAUGUGUUGAAGGUGAGGGAGGUGGCAAAGGAGGCAGUCGCACGGGCGAGGAGUGGGGAUGGGCCCACCCUGGUCGAGUGCGAGACGUAUAGAUUUAGGGGGCAUUCGUUGGCCGAUCCGGAUGAGCUCCGUGACCCUGCUGAGAAGGCUCACUAUGCUGCAAGAGAUCCCAUCGUGGCCUUGAAGAAGUACAUCACCGAGAACAAUCUUGCCAAGGAAUCUGAAUUAAAGGCCAUUGAGAAAAAGAUUGAUGAGAUUAUUGAAGAUGCCGUGGAAUUUGCUGAUUCAAGCCCUCUUCCCCAAAGAAGCCAGCUACUAGAGAAUGUAUUUGCAGAUCCUAAAGGAUUUGGAAUUGGCCCAGAUGGGAGGUACAGAUGUGAAGAUCCCGGAUUCACAGAAGGUACUGCUCAGGUCUAGGGAUUCCAAUGUUUCUUCAUCAGGCAUGCUUUCACAAGGUUGGUUGCACUAGAAGUGGUAGUGAAGUUGCUAGAUCUUAGAAUUUUAGAUUUAUUAAGAAUUUAGGCUGUAUUUUUAUCUGCCCUGGCCUGCCAUUCUGUUUAGGAAUCUGCCGUUAACUGUAUAUUUUCUCAAAGGAAGGAUUCCGUGCAAAAACACAUUCAUCAAAGUUUGUUUUCAAUGAGUCGGAUCUCUGGACAUUUGGACA